AUGCCUGAUCCGUCCAAGUCCACUCCGGCCCCCAAAAAGGGGUCCAAGAAAGCCGUUACCAAGGCGCAGAAAAAGGACGGCAAAAAACGCAAACGGGGCCGCAAGGAGAGCUACUCCAUCUAUGUGUACAAGGUGCUGAAGCAGGUGCACCCCGACACUGGCAUUUCGUCUAAGGCCAUGGGCAUCAUGAACUCGUUCGUCAACGAUAUUUUCGAGCGCAUCGCCAGCGAGGCCUCCCGCCUGGCGCAUUACAACAAGCGCUCGACCAUCACGUCCCGCGAGGUGCAGACGGCCGUGCGUCUGCUGCUGCCCGGGGAACUGGCUAAGCAUGCUGUGUCCGAGGGCACCAAGGCUGUCACCAAGUACACGAGCUCCAAGUGAGGCGCUGCGCGGGCGUCCUCAAUCCAAAGGCUCUUUUCAGAGCCACCCAUACAGUCGUUAAAAGGGUCUUGAACACAGUGUGUGGAGGCAUUGAUGGUUGUCACGCACCUGAUAGGACUGGGUACGACCAAGAGAGAUGUGUUUGGAGUAAGGAAUGUAGGGCUGCAGCUGCUCUGCUCUUCCUAAGGAUGGGAUGUGGACGAUGGCCACGGGAGGA